ACGCUGCCUAUCUUAUUAUCUCGGCCAGGUCAAAACACAGAGAAGCUUCUACUUUCAACUUUGAGGGAAAAGCCAUGUUGUAGCUUCAUGUUGCAGCUUUCUGGAAAACGACGGCGUACCACCCGACAAGCAUGAUGGCUAUGACACGUGUUCUAUAUCCAAUCCAUAAAUUCGCUUUACCAAUCGCCAAUAAUACAUUUAGCGAAACAAAAGAAGAGAAAAUUAAUUAGCUUCGUGAAUGUGAUCACGUGUAUGGUGUAAAGUAACCGGAUCCACCAAACGAGCUUCCUGUGUGCCAACUUCCAUCGCUGCAAGCUUGCAGCACAGAUUCCAUAUCUCGGAUUCAUCAUUCUUCUCCAUUAUCGAUUUUAUUAUUCAAUAUCAUGGCAUCCACUUUUAAUCGAUGGGAGAAAGAUCCUUUCUUUACCGCCGCCGAACAAGUUCAGGAGUCCGCAGACAGGAUGGAAUCUGCGUAUAGGGCAUGGAUUCAUGCAAAGAAAGAUGCGUGCAGCUCUUGGAACUCUGAUGAAAUAUGCCGGGAUGUGCAUACUGCCCUUGGCACUGCUAAAUGGCAGUUAGAUGAAUUUGAAAAAGCGGUUACAUCGAGUUAUAACAAUAGCUCAACUAAGGAUGCAAGAAAUAGGCACCAAGAUUUCAUUUCUGCCAUUGUUGACAAGAUUACAAAAGUUGAACAUUCCUUAAAUGAGUCCCUUCAUCCAGGUAACAAGGCGCCUCUGCCUUGGGUGCGUCUAGAUGAAGGAGAAAGAGAUGAGCUCGCAUUGUUCCUUUCCGGUGUGCCAGAGGCUGAAGGAAAAUCUGUUGGUAGAGACCAUGAAGAUUCACAGUCAACAUCUGGCUGGGGCUCCACAUUAGAAGUGGAGGACAAAUCACCUGGGCAUCGCAGGGCGGCUAGUGCUGAUGCCCAUGUUAGUUCUUGGAAAAUUGCUGUUUCUGAUGAGCUUCAACAACGCAAUAACCCCGAUGGUUCUUCUGGUGCUAUGCAUAAGGUAGCCAGUCUCUCUGCGUUUGUUAGCUCCAUGGAAUCAAUCUCUAAGUUGAAGUGGGCCAAGAAUGGUUAUAAAAAGCUCAAAGCAGGAAAUCAUCAUCAAGAAAGUGAUAAUGCACUGCUACCAUCAGCGCAAUUGAAUGGGGGCUUGAAUUCAUGCUAUGAAAGAAGUAAGAGUUACCUUGAUAGCUGUGAUGAAUGUUAUGAUAAGCAACUAUAUGGAUGGUAUGGGGCUAUUCAAAGACAGCUUCAAAGAUCUCAAUACCAAAUGCAGUACAGUAGGCCUGUUCAGUUAACUGUGUGGAUAUCUAUUCUCCUUUGCAUGAUAGUUUUAAUUGCUUUCUGCACAAUGUAGUAAGGAAGAUUUAGAUACAUUAUCUAUCAAUUUGUGGUUGGCGCCAAGGGGAACAGAAACAUUCUUUCAGUACAAGCUCAUAUAUGUUGUUGCUUAAGCAGGUGAGAGUUUUUUUCUGGUUCACUAACAUACCCCGUGUCGAUGUACAAGGUGGUUUGAUAUCACUAGGUAGUAUUUAGAGUGGUCCUUAAUCCUAGGCAGCAGUAGCACAUCCUGACCGUUUUGUACUACUUGCUCUAGCCCCUCCAUUUCAAUUUUGUCUCACUAAAGUGUGUUCGAGACAAAGGGGGAAUAACCUACUAAAUGUCGUUUCAUGUAUGUCUGUCUAGUGAAUUGAGAACUGUAUUGUGCACCAAAGCUUUUAGGCUUUAGCCCUGCAUGUAAAAAUUCAGGAUCAUAUAGUAUCAAAUUGCUGGAAAUUAACAAGGAACCAUGGAAGUAAAA